CCUUGGAUUUGGAUCACAUUUCACUGCAUUUCCCGACCAUUGCCAUUACUCAUACAAAUAUGCAACAAGUCGGUGUAUCAUCCGGGCCAAUAAUCGCUUAAUCUUGAAUACCCAACAGAUCCAAACAACAGGCUCGGACCAGCAACCCAUCAAGCGCAAAGCCUUGCAAAGUGUUGAACACUUUCGACCCACAAUCUUCUCCUCUUCUCUCUCCACCAGUCCACCAGCACAGCCGUCGCCCUUCGCUAAGUGUGCUGCUUCAAUCACUCCGCCGCCGUCACAACCACCACUAACUCCCUUUCUCCGACGAUCCCCAGCUCUUGUGUCGUCUUCCCAACCUCUUUUUUUCUUCUGCUAUUGCCCUGCAAGAUGGCUUUUUCUGGGGGUGCAAAGCGCUCAAUUGGGAUUAUUUGCAGCAGAAUGCGUUCUGCACAUCAUGGGUAUUCCACCAUUGCUGUCAAAAGAAAUUGUUCUGGCACAAUUGUUGAUGAUUUUCAGUUUAAAAUGGGGUUUUCUGGGUUGUUUUUGAGGAGAUAUUCUGCUGCAUCAUCAUCUGAUCAGAUGGAUCUUAUUAAGCAGCUCAGAGAAAGAACAAGUGCUCCUAUUAAAGAUGUUAAAUCUGCUCUAGUUGAUUGUAAUUGGGACAUUGAUGCUGCUCAGAAGGAGCUGAGGAAACGAGGGGUUUACCUGGCUUCAAAGAAGUCGUCCCGAGCAGCUACCGAAGGUUUGCUUGCCCUUGCUCAGGAUGACACAAAAACUGCUAUUAUUGAGCUGAAUUGUGAGACUGAUUUUGUUGCAAGGAAUGAUAUAUUUCAGUACAUGGCUUUAUCUUUAGCAAAGUUGGCAUUGUCAGCCGAGGGUUCUUCUCAGCAAGUAGCUGAAGCCUUUCCAGUGACACUUGAGUACUUAGAGAGCUUGAAGUUGAAUCUAAACCAUCCAAAACUAUGUGGAGAGAAGAGCGUGCAAGAGGCAGUCGUUGAACUGGCAGCUAUGAUGGGGGAAAAUGUCAAACUAAGGAGGGGCUCUGCAUUGUCAAAAACUUCACCUGGUGUCAUUUCUACAUACCUUCAUUCAAGUCCCCAAUCAGGCCUGGGUCGUAUGGCUGGAAUUUUAUCUUUACAAGUGGAGAACCCAGAUGCUGACUUGGCUGCCCUACAGCGUGUUGGAUCAGAGUUAGCUAUGCAUGUAGUAGCUUCCAAACCCUUAUUUCUCUCAAAGGAACUUGUUUCCUCUGAUGCCUUAGAUAAUGAACGUGAAAUUCUCAGAUCUCAGGCAGAAGCAUCUGGGAAGCCUAAGAUGGCCAUUGAGAAGAUGGUAGAAGGACGAAUAAGGAAAUACUUAGAGGAAGUGGUUCUUUUGGAGCAAAAGUAUGUUCUUGAUGAUACAGUCAAUGUGAAGACUGUUUUGGAUAAUCUGAGCAAGGAAGUUGGGUCCCCUGUAAAGAUUGAAAGCUUUUUUAGGUUGGCAGUCGGAGAAGGAAUUGAGAGGUGUUGUGCCUGUAUGAAAGUAGAAUAGCUGAUGUAGGACUGUAUGCUGUUACAUGUCUAAACUAAAUGAGUAUGGCUUCUUGUUUUUUGGGUGGUGAUGAUGGAAAAUUGCUAAAAUUUUCCCAAAUGUUGAAAAACCAACUGUGCAACGGACAGCGCACGAGAGGAUAAUUAACAGGAAAAAUUAAGAACAAGAAUGGGAGAAGACGAAUGAUUGAUUGAUAGAUAGUAACCAAAAGGUUGUCACUACAAGCUACAAACUAAUGGCUUUAGGCCAUCACUCUCCAAGGGGUUCCAAUACAAAUUUCUGAAUGAAUCUUUUCUUUCCCUACUUCUUGCUAUUUAAACUACUUGCUAUUACACUGAAGUGGCAUGAACCUUAAUUGCUACAACUAAAUUUGUAUUCUUCCACAUACUGGCAAAAUAAAGUAAACGGUCCCCUGCAGCCUUAGUAUUCUGCUGUUGCUUGUUGUUGUGAAUUGUUUAUGCCUCCUGCUGCUGUUGUCU